AUACCCGCGCCCGCGCCCGCGCCCUCUACUUUCCUUUUUUUUAUUUUCAAGUCCUCCCGAGUCCUUCCCAACUCCCGUCCCCAGAGAGAGAGAGAGAGAGAGAGAGAGAGAGAGGAGGUGAGAUGGAUCUGUUGGAGAGGAACAUUAAGAAGGGGGAGGAGGAGGAGGCGCGCAAGGAAGAGGAGAGGAAGGAGGACAAGAAGACCCAGGAGUUCCAGCAAGGCCAAGGACUCAGCCUCUCACUCGCCAGCGGCAGCAGCAGGUCUGGAAUGUUGCCGAUGUCGACCCCUUCAGCUAAUCCUGCACAGUUUACAAUUUUCUAUGGUGGAUCAGUAUGUGUGUAUGACUCAGUGCCACCAGAGAAGGCUCAAGCAAUCAUGCUUAUUGCAGCCGCUGCAGCCGCUGCGGCAGCCACCAAAAGCAAUACUGCUACUGCUGUUAAGCCUCCAAUGAUGCCUGCAGCCACUGUUGCCCCAGCAGCAGUCUCUCCUGUGCUCACACGGUCUCUCUCACUGCAGAGCACUUCUGUAGCAACUGGGCAACCUCAGGUUGUUGCUGACCCUGGCUCAAUAUGCAAGCUUCAGGCUGAUCUUCCCAUUGCCAGGAGGCACUCCCUUCAGCGCUUCUUGGAGAAACGUCGUGACAGCAGGAUUGUGAACAAAGCUCCAUACAGUCCCGUGAAAUCAUUCGAGGGCAUGGAGGCACCUGGGAUGGAGAUGACUGACGAGGGCAAGGCCCAGUAACUUGAAAGACAGAGCCAUGAACCGGUAAGUUUGAAUGGUGAAGGCUGACGUUUGGAGGCAGGGAGAUGUGUGUGUUAGGUUAUGUCACACCUCAGAACCUUACUAAUAAUGGGAUCGGAACCUCUAUUACCUUUGUUCUGCUGUCAUGCGCUAGUUUAUUCUGCCGUUAAUUCGUUUACCUGCGUACCGAACCGCUAUAAUAUGUCAAUGUAUAUCAUGCCUAUCAUUUGAUAAUGUUACAAUGUUCGUCUAGUAAUGAUAUAAUACCAUCUGUGCCAUCAA